AUGGCUUCUUCUUCUUCUUCUCGGCCUCGCACGUGGAGAUACCGGGUCUUCACGAGCUUCCAUGGCCCCGACGUUCGUAAAUCCUUUCUCAGUCAUUUACGCAAACAGUUUAGCUGCAAUGGGAUUUCGAUGUUCGAUGAUCAAAGAAUCGAGAGAAGCCAAACGAUCGCUCCUGCUCUCAAUCAAGCGAUUAGGCAAUCGAGGAUCUCGAUCGUGGUGCUCUCGAAGAGGUAUGCUUCUUCAGGAUGGUGUUUGGAUGAAUUGGUGGAGAUUUUCAAGUGCAAGGAAGAAAUUGGGCAAAUUGUGAUGACGAUCUUCUACGAGGUAGAUCCAUCUGAUGUACGGAAACAAACCGGAGACUUUGGGAAGGUUUUCAACGAAACUGCGCUCGUAAAACGAAGGAAGAGAGACGAAAUGGAGCCAAGCUUUGAACGAUGUGGGCAACAUAGCCGGAGAGCAUUUCCUAAACUGUCUUUGUUACAUUUAGGUGAUGAGGAUGAAGCUAUGAUUGUUGGAAUUUCAGGUCCUGCAGGCAUUGGUAAAACCACCAUCGCCAGAGCUUUACAUAGCCGACUCUCUAGCGGUUUCCAGCUCACUUGUUUCAUGGAGAAUCUUAGGGGAAGCAGUAGCAAUGGUCUUGAUGAGUAUGGUUUGAAGCUGCGAUUACAAGAAGAGCUUCUUUCCAAGAUUUUAAACCAAAAUGGUAUGAGGAUAUACCAUUUACGUGCGAUACCGGAAAGGCUAUGCGACCAGAAAGUCUUAUCAUUCUUGAUGAUGUUGACGAUCUGCAGCAACUUGAGGCUUUGGCUGAUGAAACUAAGCUGGUUUGGUCCUGGAAGCAGGAUUAUCGUAACCACAGAAGAUCAAGAGCUUUUGGAGCAACAUGAUAUCGUAUCACAUACCAUGUGGAUUUUCCAACUGACGAAGAAGCUAGUAAGAUCUUUGUAG